CCCCUGAGUCACGAAACUGGAUUUGUGCGACAUUCGAAUAUACAAAACGCGUUUAUCAACGUCCGUCUUCAAACUACCAUGGCUGAUGAUGGAGAUUAUCUACAAAACACUUCGCCUACGUUAUGGAAUCUUGAUGGAUUCGCUGAUUGA